AUGGCGGAACAAUUGAAGCAAAGAGAAUUGGCAGUUCAAGAAUUGGCAAAACAAAAGGAGGAAGUAGCCAGGUGGGAAAGAGAAGCAGAAGAGUUGAAUAGAAGUAAGGACAAGGAACAACAAAAGCAACAGGGUUCAAUGAGAAGUGCAGGGUCAUUGAGUGAAUUUACGUGUAAAGAUAAUUGGUCUCAUUGGAAAGAAAGAUUUGAUUUAUUCUGCGUGGUGAACGACAUUGAACGAAAUAAAAUCGUUCCUCUGUUUUUGACGAUGAUUGGAGCAGAAACAUAUGCUUUGUUAAGCAAUUUAUGUGACCCAGAAAAGGUGAAAGAUAAAACGUAUGAGCAAUUAAGUGAGGUCAUGAAGGAGCAUUUGGAACCAAAAGCAAGUAUAAUAACAGAGAGGUACAACUUUAAGGAGAAGAGACAAUUGGAGGAAGAAAGUAUCAAAGAUACGUCAAGAGAUCGGUUUGUGUGGGGUUUAAAGAGUGAUGCGAUUAAAAAGAAGUUAUUGAGUGAAGCAGAUUCAACAUUUAAGAAAACGGCUGAGAUAGCAACAGCAGUGGAGUCGGCGGCAAAAGACGUCAAGAAGAUAAAUGGAAUUAAAAAAAAUUUGACCAAUGUUAAUUACAUACAAGAUCGUAGAAUGGGACAUUUGGAAGUGGUAUGUCGUAAGAAAAAUUGGGAAAAUGAGGAUAAGAAGGCUAUGACAAGUAUGAGAAAGAAUAAGAAAAUUAUAAAGGAUCAGAGGGAUCAAAAUAAUUAUGUGAAUGAUGUUGAAGAUAAAGACAAGGAAUUAGAGAAUUUAUUUUGUGUUGAGGAUUUGAUACUUAGUACGGAGUCAUACAGUAUCGUUGGUAUCAGUUUUUCGCAGAAGUUUUAUGAAGAAAAUAAGGAAUUGGGAGAGAUAAUACCAACUGAUAGAAGAUUUAAGUCAUACCAAGGGGAUGUGAUGUGUCCAGUAGGAGUAAUUAAAGUGAACGUGAGUAAGGGAACCAUCAUACGUGAAUUAGAACUUUUUGUUUUUCCAGGAAUCAGCAAUCCGAUAUUAGGUAUAGAUUGGAUUGAUGCUUUAUCACUGUUCGAAGGAAAGGCAAAAACUCAUAAUUUCAACUAUAUGAAUAAAAAGUAUCCGUCAAUAGGAGAAUUGGUAAAAGAAUUCAAGGAUGUUGUAAGUGAUAAAUUGGGGAUGUAUGAAAGGAAGGUUUUUGAACUGACGUUGAAAGAUAAGGCAAAACCAGUGUAUUGCCAGCCAAGGCCGUUACCGUAUGCAAUAAAGGAUAAAAUAGGAGAAGAAAUUGAUAAUUUAGUAGCAGAUGGAGUGUUGGAAGCGGUUGAGAGUUCGGAGUGGGCUACUCCAAUUGUUCUAAUUUUGAAAAGUGAUGGAAAGAUUCGUAUUUGUGGUGACUACAAAGUUAUAGUAAAUUCUCAAUUGGAGGUGAAAAAGCAUCCAAUUCCUCAGGUGCAGGAUUUGUUUGUUAAACUAGAAGGCGAAAGGUUUAUGUGUGGGGUAGCAUCGGCUACGAUGAAAGAAAUGGAAGAAUUGUUAGGUAGUAUUGAAGGAGUAGUGGUGUUUUAUGACGAUAUAGUUGUUUUAGGGAGGACAUUGAAGGAACAUGAUUUAAGAUUAAAAAGAGUUCUAGAAAUAUUAAUAGCGUGUGGGUUAACCGCUAAAAUUAAUAAAUGUGUUUUCGGAGUAAAAAGUGUAGAAUUUUGGGGCUAUGUGGUGAGUGAUAAAGGGAUGUCAAUUCGAAAAGAGCGUAUAAAUGCGAUUGUCGACAUACCAGAGCCAACAAAUAAUAAUAGAAAGUGGGUGUGGUCUAAAGAAGCUAAGAGAUCGUUUACGCUCGUGAAAGAAAAAUUAGUGGCCCAUGAUAUUUUGGCACACUAUGAUCCAAAGCUUCAAGUAAAAAUAAUGUGUGAUGCGUCGCCAGUGGGAAUUGGAGCUGUAUUAUUGCAAGUUUGUGAUAAUAAACAAAGCAGGCCGAUUGCAUUUGCGUCUCGCACGUUAUCCAAAGCAGAAAAUAAUUACUCUCAGUUAGAUAAAGAAGCAGUGGUAAUACCAGAAUCAUUACGGAAAGAAGUGUUGUCUGAGAUACAUGGAGUCCAUUUGGGUAUUGUCAAAAUGAAAGAGUUAGCAAGAUCAUGUGUGUGGUGGCCGAAAAUAGAUACAGACAUCGAGAACCUGAGUAAAGCUUGUGAGUGGUGUCAGGAAUUCACAAGUGAUCCAGCAUGGUCAAUGCUACACGUAUGGAAGUAUCCUGAAGGUCCUAAUGACCGUAUUCAUGCUGAUUUUUUCGGUCCGAUUGAGGGUAAAAUUUUUAUGGUUAUUGUGGAUUAG